ACCAUUUAGGAGUAGGAGUGCCAGAACUACAUUGUACACAAUGCACUGACCGUCAUAUUAUACGGACCAUCAUAUUAUAGUUAUACGGACCAUUAUGCUAUACGGACCAUCAUUUUACCAGUAACCCGGUCUCGGUACACUUGCAUUUUGCAUUUGUUUGACUUAUAGGGUUAGUUUUCACAUUGAAAAGGUCAUCCUUGGUGGAUAAAACCAACCAAUCACGUAGCAGCAGGUUACCAAAGCUAAAUCAAAAUGCAGACGAUAAAAUGUGUAGUAGUAGGGGAUGGAGCUGUGGGAAAGACCUGUCUACUUAUCUCAUAUACAACAAAUAAAUUCCCUUCAGAAUAUGUACCAACGGUUUUCGAUAAUUAUGCAGUAACUGUUAUGAUCGGUGGAGAGCCGUACACAUUGGGUCUCUUUGAUACAGCAGGACAAGAAGAUUACGACAGACUUCGACCUCUCAGCUACCCCCAGACGGAUGUCUUCCUCGUCUGUUUUUCAGUUGUAGCGCCAUCUUCAUUUGAAAACGUCAAAGAAAAGUGGGUACCAGAGAUCACCCACCACUGUCAGAAAACACCAUUCCUGCUGGUGGGGACCCAGAUAGAUCUGCGUGACGACCCAGCCACCAUUGAGAAGCUCAUGAAGAACAAGCAGAAGCCCACGACGGGAGAGGCUGGCGAGAGGAUGGCCAAGGAGCUGCGUGCCGUUAAAUACGUUGAGUGCUCUGCACUUACACAGAAAGGACUAAAGAACGUCUUUGACGAGGCCAUCCUAGCGGCUCUUGAGCCCCCUGAACCAGUCAAGAAGAAGAGGUGUCGACUCCUUUAAGAACCAACAUCAAACGAAGGAAAUAACAACAAUCCACUUGCGCUCGCCUGGUCGGGAGUGAGCGUGAUACCAACCUUCAUUUAACCCCCAGCAUACCGGUCCUAUCACCCCAAUCAUGUACACUAUAUGGAUAUACCAAGGUCCGGUAUAUUAGGGGUUAAACCUGGGAGCUUGGGAGGGGGGGCCACGGGGAGAUGAUCGCAGCAGUAUGCAUGUAGGGGAGCGGGAGUUCUGAAGGGACUUCUCGUGCUAAGCUUGGCAAGAAUUAAAAAUGGUGUAGCGCAAAUUUAUUAGACUUAUUUGAAAUCUAUCUUCAAAGAGGUAUAAUCAAUGAGGUAUACUGAUGUUAACAAGAAUCAUAAAUCGACUAAUCGUAUGAUAAUUUUGAUAAUUGCUUGGGAUUUCAUGGAAUAUGUUUUUUUGGGUUAUUGGAGAGGUCAUGAAACUUUGAUUCAUAUCGGGAUAGGAAGAUUGAAGACGGAACAAAUUUGACUUUCUUUGAAGGUGUUUGAAUGAGGUUGUAGAAGUGGAGUGUAAUAGAGUGUGUAAAGUUAGACUAAUUGUCAUUCUGCAUAGAUGUAUUAUAUACCAUUUUAAUUAUUCAGAAAUCUUAAGGAACAGACAUGAGUCAAUCAUGUAGAUGUUUGAUACAGAUAUGCAUUUGUCUGCCCUCAUACUGCGUAAAUUGAACAUGUUUUGCCUCAAAACAGGAAAAAAUUGUUAAAAAUGGAGAUUAAAGAAAUGAAACUUGGUGCCUAUAGUGAUGUAAAUAUCUGCUAGAUUUCUGUGCCCUUGUUUCUUAAUAGUGUUCCGACAAAUGCCGGAUAAAAUGAUGAGAUAUGGAGCGAAAGUUGACUUUGAAAGAUUCCCAUUUUGAUUCUUAGAACGUUAGAAGAUGAUAUUCUAACAGAUUGAUUUAUCAUAAGAAUUAACCAGACGGAUGGGUAAAGAGCGUUUGUGAAGCACAUGAUUGCGUGCAUAUUUGGAGGUUUGUGUUGAUUUUUUUGAAGUAUACCAGGGACUUAUUCUAAAAAAACAUCAUUUUAUACCAAGCUUGUGAUUUUUCAGAUAUGUACAUGUUACGAUUUAUUCUCUCCCCCUACUCCACGAUGUUUCCAACAUAUGUAUAUUAUCUAAACUAAGUCUUCUAGUAAUGUAUUUACUCAAAUCUAAUUCUCGUUUGUACAUAUAUGCUUAUCGUUUAUUCUAGAAAUAUUACUAUUGGUAGUGGUAGUGGUGUAUGUGUUUUGUACACCAAAAGGUGUUGAUACAUACUGGAGUUCUUAAAUGGAAUUAUAAUGCAUGGGGUAGAUGGAGGAAAAGAAAGUUUUUAUGAAAUACUAAACAAGAAAGGGAAAAAAUUUACUCGAUCAUCUAAUUAGCAAAAACAAUGCGUUCUGAAUAAUCGUUUUUUAGGGUUUUUUUUAUCAGUUAUUGCCUACACAUUCAUAACACAUCUUAAUGUACAUUUUAUUGUUAACUAAUAGUUGUAACUAGCUUUUAAAAUAGAAAGCUAAAUGCUCAAUUCUAAAAAGGAUAAUAAAAACGGGAGCGUUGUAUAAAUGUUUCAGCUAUAUGUAUCUACAUGUAUGUACCGGUAGUAAAGAUUAAGCCUGUUUUGCAGUCGUAUCUCAUAAUCGUUGCUCUUUGAGUGUCGAAUGGUUGACUAUUUUGCAAUCCAAAGUAAUUGUUAGUGUUAUAUGACAGUGUUUAACAUUCCUCACUAUGGCUUGCUAGGUCAGGCAAACAAACAUGGGUCACUUAAAGCUCCAAGUGAGGUCAUGAGAAACUUAUAUACAAGACUAAAUGGUUGUGGUUGCUAGUUCUGGUGGUUUUAGAUGCAUUUCUAUCCUGCACUGUUGCAUGGUAUGAAAGUCAUGAUAUUGUCAAUAGAUUAAGAAUUGAUUUUGUCAGGGCAUUUGUAAAAUAUUAAUGGUAUGUAUUUCAAACGAUAUAUUUUUUUCCACGGUUAAACAAAAUACAAGAUUACUGCAGUAAUACUGGAUCUUUUAUGCUAGAGCCAGAGCUAAAGAUUUAAACGGGUGGACUGUAAAGUUAUUGUGGGUUAUUCAGAUCAUUUUAUGAAACGCUCUGUAGUCUGUAUACUUGGUUUUCAUGGUGCAUGCCUUGUGUUUCAAUCUAUAUUUGCUCAACCAUUGAAAGGGCAGCCGAAGUAUGAUGAUGUGUACUUGUACGAGUCCAUCGUGAUGAACGGCUCUAUUGCCUGUCCAUUAAAGUUACAUUUCUAUUCACAUUUUAGAGGGAUUUUUUAUUAAAAAUUUACUAGAGGCUGUACACACCUAACCGCAAAAGGUUGCUAGAAGUUCCUAGAACAGGUUUUGGUAAGAAUCCUGCAUUCUCUCUUUGUGUCCCAGCAAACUUCUGCCUCUCCGUCUGAAACAUGUCUGUGUAUGUUAGUCCAGUGACCCGCUAUAUAACCUAGACAUUCCGUUUGUGUAGAUAACCAUCGUUAUUGCAGAGUCUACGCAUAACUACAGAUAUACGUAGGGCUAGAUACAUGGAAUGCAUUCACUCAACUAUGAAAAGAUUGCAUGUUUCUUGAUAAAUCAGCCAUGAUAAAGGAUUAUGAAUAAAGCAAAGGAAUAACAUUAAUUUCUUUAAAGAAUCAUUAAAUUUAAUUAUGCAAUUUAUAUUUUUGAUGUUUCCUUUUUCUUUUUGUACAGUUGGAAUUUACUUUGAAAUAUGCAUAAAAGCACAUGUACAGAGUAUCUAUUCAUCAUUGAAAGGUUCAAAGAAAUAAGGUCCAAUAAAGAUUUUUUUUCAUAAUGAUAUUCAUCUUAUUUCAUUACUAUGAUUUAAGAAAUUAUAGGAUCAUUAAGAUUUAAAACAACUUUGAAAUCUCUCUCUUUGUGUUGCGUUUGAUGUGUUUAGCAUGCUGUCUGUAAACCUGUCAACUCUUUGGUUUCUUGAGCGUCUCUAACCUCUUGUAUAUAUAGUUUCAAUAAGGGCUUAGCCUGCAUUUCAUUAUGUUGCAUGAUUUGGGCUGUGGUUUGAUCCACACACAUUACAAAAACAUUAUGUAGGUACAUACAUAAAGGCAGAAUUGUACCAUUAAUUCAUACUCUUUGUAGAUGCAUAUUCAUACGGUAUGUAAGUGGUAUAGUUUUUCUGUUGAAACCAAGUAUUACGAUACACCAAAACUACUUCAUUGGAGUAAAUUUCAGUGAAGCCAUUUUCAUGUCUUGUAUGAUGUUUUUUGUUCUCUUUUUUUGGUGAUAAUGUAUCGUAACAUAUCACAUGAAAAGUUAUUACGCAUGCUUUUGUUAUACACUUGUAUACCUAUACCUAUAUUUUUUACAUUAAUUACAGCUACCAGAAAAAAUGUAUUGACAGGGUUGCAUUUACUGACACAGUCAUCGCUGUUCAGAGAACGUUUCACUAUUUAUAAAAACGUAACAUAAAAAUCAUAUAAACCUAUAGCGUAAACCUAUCAAGUUCAUGACAAAUGGAAGAUUUAAUGUGACAAUUGUAUUGUAUUUCUUAAAGUAUAUGAUUGUAUUUCUCCAGUAUAUUAGUUUUUUGAAGUAUGCGAUAUUAUCUAUACUCUGUAUAUCAUAUCUGGCUGUCAAGCAGGCCAUGUCUGCGAUUUCAAUGUUUGGAAAAUGAGCACUUGAUUUUUGAGGUCUCUGUAUUAACAUCUAUGAAUGAUGUCGGAUGAAUGAAGUCAAAUUUAAAAUGUGUAAAAUGUUACCAAUAAGUUACCAAUAAAUAGGGAAAAAAUA